CAACCAAACUUCUCACAGCUGGAGAUCUUUUUCGUCAUCUCUCCUUUCGUUCGUGUUUCCGAUAACUUUCUCCGGCGAAUCUCUAAACAGCAAUGGCCGGUCGAGGUAAAACAAUUGGAUCCGCAGCGGCAGCAAAGAAGGCCACCUCAAGAAGUAGCAAGGCCGGCCUCCAAUUUCCCGUCGGUCGUAUCGCUAGAUUUCUCAAAGCUGGAAAGUACGCCGAGCGUGUUGGUGCCGGUGCUCCGGUCUACCUUGCCGCCGUUCUAGAAUACCUCGCCGCUGAGGUGCUUGAGUUGGCUGGUAAUGCAGCGAGGGACAACAAGAAAACGAGAAUUGUGCCGAGACACAUCCAAUUGGCUGUGAGGAACGAUGAAGAAUUAAGCAAGCUUCUUGGUGACGUUACAAUUGCAAACGGUGGUGUUAUGCCUAAUAUUCACAACCUUCUUCUUCCCAAGAAAACCGCUGGUUCUUCGAAGGCUUCUGUUGACGACGAAUAGAGAGGUGCAUCUAUCAAGAUGGAAGGAAACGGUUUAGCCUGUGAUCUUUCCUCUUUCGUGCGUCAAAGAAAGUGUUUUGAUUAGACAUUGUGUUCAUAUAUCUCAAUCUAGUGAAAAUUUCUUAGCUUUUCUACUUCCAUGUUGUUCCAAUUCAAUCAUAUACUAUUUCUCUACGUGGUUUUUUAGGUUUGUUGUUCUUGAUAAGUCGAUCAAGAUUUGCUGUUUGGGUUAUACCAUUUCAACGGUGCAUUACCCCUUUAUAUAUUCUUUUAGCUAUGUAAUAGGUGGUUACAGUACCCAUUUCCAAAUGAUUUGUUAAAGAAUUUGGAACUUGUCGGAUCGAAAACUAAUCUUUUGUAAUGUAUUAUUUAGAUG